CUCUUUACAUCAAGUAUCCAUACGUAUUUACAACAUACGUACGUGUAUAUGUACGUAUUAUGAGAAUAGUUCGCACGUGCUGUACCGUUUUAUUUUUUAAUUAAUUUUAAACAAUGUGAAUAGUAAAUUUAACACACUUUAAUAUUGUUACAUGACAUCUAUUUUAAAAUGCAGGUUUCUUGUCCAAACGAUGUAAAAAUAUAUAACUUGAGUGCUGGAAAAUCUCUUCCAGAGUGGUUGUCUGAACGCAAAGCACGUAGCUUAUUAAAGAAAAAUGUCGAUAUACGACGUCGAAUCGAACUUAUCCAAGAUUUUGAUAUGCCUGGUGUUAGUACUUCCAUCAAAGUUACAAAUAAUGGUCAAUAUAUUUUAGCGACAGGUAUAUAUAAACCACGUGUGAAGUGCUUCGAUGUAAAGAAUCUAUCUUUAAAGUUUGAAAGAUGUUUUGAUUCUGAAGUUACCACUUUCGAUAUAUUAUCAGAUGAUUAUAGUAAACUGGUAUUUUUACAUUGUAAUAGAAAUGUUGAGUUCCAUGUUGCUCAUGGAAAAUAUUAUAUACUAAGAGUACCUCGUUUUGGAAGGGAUAUAAAAUAUCAUUACCCAUCAUGUGAUCUUUUUGUUGUGGGAGAUAGUAAUGAGAUUUAUAGAAUAAAUCUUGAAAGAGGACAAUUUUUGCAGUCUUUUUUGACAGAGGCAUCAGCAAUAAAUAAGUGUGAAAUAAAUCCUGUACAUCAUCUUCUUACUGUUGGAACAGAAGAGGGAAAAAUAGAAGCAUGGGACCCCAGAGUUAGAAAUAAAGUUGGUGUUUUGGAUUGUGCUUUACACUGUGUUGGACAAGAUAAUAAAUUAGAAACAGUUCCUGCAGUUACUAGUUUAAAAUUUCAUGGAAGUUUAACACUUGGAGUAGGUACAUCAACUGGACAAGUAUUGCUAUAUGAUAUUCGUUCAAAUAAGCCUUUUUUAAUAAAAGAUCACAUGUAUGGAUUGCCUAUUAAAAAUAUUGAAUUUCACCAAAAAAUGGAUAUGGUUUAUUCCAUGGACAGUUCUAUUGUGAAAAUAUGGGAAAAAAAUAAUGGUAAACUGUACACAUCCAUAGAAGCACAGCAUAAUUUUAAUGAUAUGUGCAUUUUACCAAAUACUGGAAUGCUUUUAAUUGCUAAUGAAAAUACAAAAAUAUUAACAUACUACAUUCCUACCCUUGGUCCAGCACCUUAUUGGUGCAGUUUUUUGGAUAAUCUCACAGAAGAAUUAGAAGAGUUAAAUUAUGAAACCAUUUAUGAUGAUUAUAAAUUUGUAACUGAAAAAGAAUUAAAUGAAUUAAGUCUUUCACAUUUAAAAGGAACCAAUCUUCUUAGAGCUUAUAUGCAUGGCUAUUUCAUGGACAUUCGAUUAUAUAGGAAAGCAAGAGAUGUAAUGAAACCAUUUGAAUUUGAAGAAUAUAAAAAGAAAAAAAUUCAACAGAAAAUACAAGAAACUUGUGGUAGUAGAGUUCAGAUUCAAAAAAUACCAAAUGUAAAUAAAGAACUUGCAUUAAAGUUAAUGGAUAAUGAAACAAAUGUGAAAAAAAGGAAAAAGAAUUCCAGUCUUCUAACAGAUGAACGUUUCAAACAAUUGUUCAUCAAUCCAGACUUUCAAGUGGACAAAAACUCAGAAGAGUAUUCGUUGUUAAAUCCUGUUAUCUCCCAGUUGAGUAAGGACAAGGCAAAGAAAUUAAAAGCCAAGAUAAUUGAGGAAGAAAUGAAAGAAAGAAUGGAAACUGAUCACGCAGAAAACGAACAUAAUAGUUCAGAUGAAAGCUUUAUUCAUGACGAUAGCAGUUCAGAGGAUGAAAAACUAUGGGUUAAGGAAGUGAAAAAACAAUAUCGACUGAUAAAGAAAAAUGAAAAACAAAUGCAAGAGAAUAAUCAAAGCAUAGAAAGUAAUAAUGAACAUGUAGAGAAUCAACCUCAACUGUAUGAAAUUAAAGACAACGUAGAAUUCAAAGAUGCAAAGCCAAUAACAAAGAAACGAAACAAAGCUACUUUGGAAGAAAGACUGAGAAGUCACGAAACCAAUGAUAAAAUUUUUAAUUCCCGUGGUAACCGAGAAAUGACUUUUGUUAUUGAAAAGUCAAGUUCAAAUAAUGAAUCAAAGAAUGGGAAAGAUCCUCCUCAACAAAACCAUGAAGAAACAAUGCAGGAAUCUAUAGCAUCUGGGUUAUCAGAUUUGCAAAUGCAAAGUACAGAAGUUGGUGAAAUCACAGAAAUGCCAGACUUUGAGAUAUUAAGUACUUCUGCAGUACUUCAUUAUUGCAAACAUAAAAUAUUAAGACCAUAUCUGAGAUUAUUAGGAGUAAUGGGUUUAAAACCAAUAAGCAGUGAUGAUUCACAAAGAUGCUCCUGUUAUUGUAUUUUUGCAAACCUUCAUACUUUUCAAGUUACAAUAUUUAUGUGUAUUGGAUACAUUUUACAAUACAUGGCAUGUUUUAGGAGAGACAGAGGUUUUUGUUAUAAAAAAAUGCCUUUAAAAUUUCAAAUUACAUCCAAUAUCAGCAAGCAAGAAGAAGUUAUUUGUUUUGGAAAUAUUGUAUUUAGUUAUCUAGUUCCUAGUAUUUUGCAUUUAGUUGCAUAUUUAUAUACCGUAUAUUUAUUUCGAAUCAAAGAAAAUGAGCAAUUACAAAAUUUAAUGGAAAGAGCAUUUCUUUUAUCUUCUAAUCCUGUAAAUCGUGGAAAUCAAAGCAAACUUGUACGAAUAUUAUGGCUAUUUAUAGCAUUAAGCCUAGUGUGGAUAAUUAUGGCAUUAAUUACAGUAAAUGUUUUAAUGGCCCAAGAAAGCAUUGUAUUUCAGUGGUUAGAACACAGUCCAUAUCAAGUAAAAAUAACACUAAAGGUACUUUUAAUUGUAUGCACAUUAUGGCAUGAUAUGGUUCAAGGAACAAUUAUAACCAGUUACUGCUUACAAGGACAACUUUUACUGGCACAUCUGUAUUUUCUUCGUGGAAAACUACUUCAUCAUACUUUAGCUCCUAUCGAUUGGAUGAGGGAGAUUAGUGAAUUUAAGAAACUCUUGAAAUAUUUUAAUGACGAAUUAGGACCUGCUGUAUGCAUUUACACAGUUGUAAAUUUAUCAUGGGCUGCUGCAGGUACGAUCUGGUUACUCCGAUAUGAUAAUAGUAACACACAAAGUAAUCCUGUCACUUGGGUUGGAAUAAUAAAUGUAAUUCUUUGGAUUUUAAUAUCGGUAGUUCCUUUUAUUCAGGCAGCUCGUUUAACUACUGCUUGUUCUAUGAUUCGAAGUAUCGGACAUGAAGUGCGUAUUCGACCAUUCGUUUAUCAAAGUACUCCGGAUGAAGAUCUUGAUACUAUACUUCUAUAUACAUCAUCGUUAAAAAUGUGCGCCAGGUUCUUCAGAGUACCAGUUACGGGUAGAUGCCUUUGUCUCCUUCUGACCAUAGGCAGUACCUUGAUCCUUACAUUAGGACAAUGUCAAUUCUUCUAACUGUU